CUAGCACAGCAGAAACACCUCACGCUCUGGAAUUUUACCUCUCCAAUCUUUUACAUUCCCUAUAUAUGUAAUAACCAGCUCUAAUUAAAGCCAGGAGUUCUGCUUAAAAACCCCAGAUGGAGAGAAACAAAAAUUUCAGCAACUGGCGCCCUCCUCGUCCUCCUGCGACUUGGAGUAGAUCAGAGAAUAAGAAAUUUGUGAAUGCUUUGGCGAUCUAUGGCAUUGAAAAUCCGGAAAUAUGGAAAAUAAUAGCUGCAACUCUUCCUGGAAAAAGUCCGAGAGAUAUUGAGGAACAUUACGAAACACUGGUUCAUGAUAUCACGAGGAUAGAAAUGGGCCGGAUCAAAUUGCCAGAGUACAAAAAUGACUUCGAAGGAGAUUGUGAUCAUGAUGGUGAUGGACUCAUUGAUGAGACUGCUGGAGGAUUGAGAGAGACAGCUGAUGUUCAUGAGAACGGGAUUCUUGACGUCGGAAUUUCUGAUGUUCACGAGACUGCUGAAACAUUGAGGGAUAUACCUUCAUAUAAUCAAGUUUCUGAUGUUCACGAGAAUGGAAUUCUUGAAGUCGGAGCUAAUGUUGUUCGUGAGAACGAUAUUCCUGAUGUUAGAGCUUCUGAUCUUCAUAAGAAGGGGAUGUCUGAAGUUGGAGUUUCUGAUAUUGAUGAGAACGUGUUUCUUGAAGUUGGAGUUUCUGAUGUUCAUGAGAACAGGUUUCUUGAAGUUUCUGAUGUUCAUGAAAACGGGUUUCUUGAAUUUUCUAAUCUUCAUGAGAACAGGUUUCUUGAAGUUGGAGUUUCUGAUGUUCAUGAGAACGGGUCUCUUCAAGUCAUGCUUACUGAUGAUGUCCAUAACAACGGGUUUCUUGAAGCCAGAACUGCUGAUGAUGUUCAUAACAACGGGUUUCUUGAAGCCAGAGCUUCUAAUGACGUUCAUGAGAAUGGUUUUCUCGAUGUUGGGGUUUCUGAUGUUCAUGAGAACGAAUCUCUUCAAGUCAUGCUUACUGAUGAUGUUCAUAACAGCGGGUUUGUUGAAGCCAGAGCUUCUGAUGAUGUUCAUGAGAAUGACUUUCUCAAAGUUGGAGUUUCUGAUGUUCAUGAGAACGGGUCUCUUCAAGUCAUGCUCACUGAUGAUGUUCAUAACAAUGGGUUUCUUGAAGCCAGAGCUUCUGAUGAUGUUCAUGGGAACGGCUUUCUUGAAGUCAUAGCUUCUAAUGGUCAUGAGAACGACUUUCUUGAAGUUUCUGAUGUGCAUUGUAACAGAUCUCUCGAAAUCGGAGUUUCUGAUGUUCUUGGAGUUGAAGUUUCUCAUGUUCAUGAGAAAGGGAAUCCUGAACUUGGAGCAAGAUUGAGGAAGAGGGGGAGGUCUUGGACAGAAGAGGAGCACAGGAAUUUUUUAAUGGGACUAGACCAUGAGAGACGAGGAGAUUGGAAAACCAUAUCAAGAUUAUACAUCCCAUCAAAAACACCGGCACAGAUAUCAAGCCAUGCACAAAAGUAUUUCAAGAGGCAAAAGGUUGUAGAAAGUGGGAACGCAAGAAGAAAGAGCAUUCAUGAUAUUACUAAAAUGGAAUAAUAAGAACCAUAUUUUUUUAGGUGAGUUUUUCUUUUAACACAACAAUGCUUAGGUUUUGUGAAAGCUUCUUAGAUUUUAUCAAACUGCAAGGACUAUACACCAGCGUUUGGGUGGUCCAUGGUGAGAACUUCUUGUGUGUCAAAGAUCUACUCGGACAAAUUUAAUGUGCUUUCCGUUUCUA